CCACAAUCAGCUGUUUCAGCUGUCAGUUGUUUCUAAAAUGGCGUUUGUGUAAAGUGGACAAAGAAUAAGACAUUUUUUAGAGUCUUUUGAGCCAUUUUUCUAUUGAUUAUCGCGAUUGAAAGUGCAAAAAUUGUUUUGAAGGUGUUUUCGACAAAAUGUUGUCUCUUGAGGUUGUCCCAGAGCGUUCCUUAGGCUGUGAGCAAUGGGAAUUUGUUAUAGGAAUGCAUUUUUCUCAGGCUGUAUCAAUAAUACAGUCACAAGUUGGUAUUAUUAAAGGUGUUCAAGUUUUAUAUAAUGACAUUAAGCCCUUAGAAAUUGAUUUGGUAAUAAAUCUACCACAGGAUGGAAUAAGGUUAUUUUUUGAUCCAGUGUCCCAAAGAUUAAAAAUAAUCGAAAUUUACAGUAUGAAAUUAGUCAAGUUAAAAUAUUGUGGGUUGCCAUUUAACUCCCCAGAAGUGUUGCCAUCUAUCGAGCAAAUUGAACACUCUUUCGGAGCUACGCACCCAGGUGUCUACGAUUCCGAAAAGCAACUUUUCAUGUUGAAUUUUCGGGGACUUUCUUUUUAUUUUCCCGUGGAAUCCAAGUUUCAAACUGGGACGUCUCACAAUUUAGGUUCUCUGCAGUUUCCUCCAGGAAGCUCUCCCCUGGUGUCUAGGAUGUCAAUUUACAGCGGUCCUAGCCUAGACCAGGCGGUGGCUCCCGAGUUGCCCCUAUCUUGCUACCAUGGACAAUUAUACCUCCAAAAGGCGGAGGUUAUCAGGGGCGAGGGGUACACCAAGGGGCUAAGAUUAAUCCUUCUAACAGUGCCUCUUUCUAUUUACUUGCCCAGAAAAAAUUGUAAUAACAAUCGAAGAAUAGACUCAUCUAAGCUUCAAUUUGAAAGGAAGGUGCUUUUGGGACAUUCUGCGCAAGACGUAGCUACCGCUCUGGGCGCCCCUUCCAAAGUUUUCUUUAAAAGUGAAGAUAAAAUGAAGAUCCACUGCCCCAAUGCUCAUAGGCGCGUUUCAGCUUCAAAAAGCGAUUAUUUUUUCAAUUAUUUUACCCUAGGACUGGACGUCCUAUUUGACGCACGCUCUCAUUUAGCUAAAAAGUUUGUUCUUCAUACAAACUACCCGGGUCACUACAACUUCAACAUGUACAUGCGCUGCGAGUUUGAAGUGCCAUUAUCGGACAUGGAAGGCGCCACUAUCACAGCGUAUACCCAUUGGGAGGAUAUCUGCAAAAAAUUGGUACCAAGUGAUAGACCAGUGGUCCUGAACAGGGCCAGCUCUACCAACACCACCAACCCAUUCGGCAGCACGCUGUGUUAUGGGUACCAAGAUAUAAUUUUUGAGGUUAUGCCAAAUCACUACAUAGCCUCCUUAAGCUUGUAUGGUGACGGAAAACCUUUUCAAAAAGAGCAGCAGAUGGCGUGACAGAGGCUGUCGGCCACCUACCUCAUCCUAGAAAACAGGUACUGGCAACCCACCCUAGUUACUUAAACAAAAUUCUCCAGAAAAAUUCUCGCCCUGAAAAAAAAACAUUUUUUUUUGAAUGAAGUGAAACAGAAAUGUGUAAUUAGACCGACAUUUUUCUAUCACGACUGGAUCAUUCGUUUUUUGGUUUUUAAAUGGAUUUGUUUAUUUAAGUUAAGAGGAAAAUAAUAUAAAAAGUUUAAAAAGUGAAAAAUUUGUAAAAAAAAAUAUCUACGCUUAUUAAUUGUUUUUAGUUUUUAAGUUGUGUAAGUCCAGUCCAUGUAUAUUUCUUUGUAAGUGAAAAAUAUAGGGACUUAUAUAAUUGGGCCUAAUAUAAGUGGGCUACUUUUAAUUGUUGUUUAUUUUCAAAAUUUAUUUUUAUGUUGAUUUUUACAUUUUGAUAUAAAUCCUAGAAUGUUUGUAUUUAUUCAAUUGUUUGUGUUAUAUUUUUUUAUUAAUACUAAGAUUAUUUUUUUAUACAAGGUACACCAAGUAUUCUUCUAUGUAUGGGUAUCUUUUUUACUUGAAAAGCUACAAGGUCGGUUAAAUUAGAGAAAAGUUGCGUAAUUACGAGUCUGAGAAGCUCAUCACACAACAUUUUAUCUUCAAGUCAUAAUUUUAUUUAAUAAUAAUAAUAAUAAAUUUAUUGUAAAAUAGCAAGAAAAAAAUACAUUUUACAAAUGGUGUGAGUUCAGCAACAUGCUGUUCUACCACUGUACAAUUAUUAUAAUAAUAAUUAUUAAAUGUAGAACGUGAGGUUACAGAGAUCUAACAGUAGUCUAGAAGGUAAAAAACUUUACCUGAUUGGUCUCCUUAUUUUUACAGCCUAUGCGAAUAAUUAAUUACUUUAGUAGUGAGUGUUGACAAUAAAGUUUAAAUUAUGAACCCUUGAGGAUAAUAGUACCUAUAUUAUUAUAUGAGAGAUAAUGCAUGCUAAUAUUUUAUUAUAAUUAAAUAAUGCGCAUAAUCUCGAGUGUAAUACUAUACUAGGUAUGUAAUCAAAUUAAUAGAUAAUUAAAUUAAUUUCAAAAAUAAAUCUAUCAGAUGGUUAACAUCAUAUUCUACCAAAUUUAAAUAGUGCUACUUUUCCUCACGUGAUAGGCACAAUUUUUUUUCAGUUUUCUUUUGUAGAAAAACUAUUUUUUAUACAAGCGUGCGAAAAGUUGCUACUUUCCGCAAGUAUUUACUUUUCGCACUAAAACCAUGUUGCAUUCUAUCAUUGUGUCAUUUUUGUAAUGAAGGUAAAUUUGCUUAACUUUUUGACAGCCCUAGUUUACAAUGUAAAACUUACUUUUUCAAAAUCUCCCAGAAACAACAAAGUUAUAACGAUUUUUUGUUUUGACAGGUUUUUUUUUCAAAUAUUAUUUUAAAAACCCAUGUAAAUACUUUUCUCUGAUACAGCCGACCUUGUACCUCUUUAAAUAAAACGAAAAUACCCAUAUAUACUUGGAUACUUCAUGCAAGUUUAUAAAUUUGGUAUAAAAACCACAAUAGCUCAUAGUGAGAGGUAUUUUUUUUUAAUUUUACCAUAUUUCUUUAAAAUUGACUAACCCAUUGUGUUUUUUUCGAGUACCUAUUUAAGUUUAGUUUAGGUUUUUUCUAGUUUAAUUAAUUUAAAAAAAGUAUUCUUGGUGCUCGAAUUCUGCGUAUUUUUGGGGGCCAGUUAAAAAAUGUGUUCAUUUCAUUAUACAGGGUGACUUUUAAGUUGACGCGUUCCUUUAAACAGCGUGUAGAAAUCAGAUAGACAAAAUUUGUAUUUAAUAAAUAUUUUAAG